AUGGAUUUGUAUUUCCUACUUUUCUUCAUUUGCAUAGGUUCAGGUGCCGCACAUGUUAUUACUCCUCGAAAAAUCAUCUCAACUGGCUCCCCCACAGUUCUCGGGUUGCAACCUCGACAGACGACAGCAUUCGCCACUUCCACUUGUGGUUUCCUGAAUGGGAACGCAAAUCAGCCACUGGUUGCGAACAGUGGCUCGGAGUGUACCUUUGAUCCAACUGCUACGCUAUGGGGCCUAUGCAGAACUGGGUUAACCCUCACAGAUUGUGGCUUUGGUGGUUAUUGCAUCGACGCUGGACCUUGUUCGACAGGAUGCGGGCUAACAGGUACGGAUGUAAACACAUUGAGUUGUGCGAAACAGAAAAGCGCUAGCUUUUGUGUCUCAAGUCUCCUCCUCUUCGGCGCAGAUCAAACUUACACACAUAUGACUUGUGCAUCCCAAGCGAAUGCAAGCCCGCCUGCCUUUCUAUUUGAAGCAACCACAACUGCUCCAAUAUCUGCGUCGACUUCUGAACAAAGCUCGUCGGCUGCAAUAACGGCAAGCCCAUUGAACGUGCAAUCAGAUCGGGAGUCUGCCAGUCCAUCCGCAUCAGGUUCGGCCACAAACACUGCUAGCAAAGCAUCAGCCUCUGAUUCCGGUUCCAACUCGGGUUCGAACUCGAUUUCAAAGUCUGUUUCAAACUCGGUCUCUUCUGGUGCCAUCGAAUCUCAACCAUCAGAUGCUACACCCUCAAGCGAACCUACCCCAAGAGAAUCUAUCUUCACUGAAUCUGGCUCCCUCGUCACCUCCUUUUUCGGUCAAACGAAUACCAUAGGAGUUACAGUAUCAAUUACUACCACCGCCAGCGGAAUCUCAUCCCCCAGCCCCUCCGAUUCUACCGCCCCAGCUCCCAAGAACCCUCCCAAGUAUGAUCCCAAAGCACUAAUCGGCAUUGUACUUGGAGUACUCGUCUUCCUCCUCCUCCUAAUCUUCACUCUCAUCUGGAUAGGAAAAUACCGACGAGCGCAAAAGAGCAAAUCUACUACCCCAACAGCCGAAAGUCCUACGAACUUCUUCUUCAGCAAUCUUCCAGAAGUGAUGGAGCCAUUUGCAAAAACUGAUGGGAUCCAUGAAAUGUAUGAUGAUCACGGGGAAUUGAGGGAAUUAGAUAUUGCAGGAGCAGUUGCUGAGAGGACAGGAAAAGUAAGUGUUAGGGAAUUAGCUGCUACGCCUGUGGGGGGUGGAAGACGAAGUGGCAGAAGAAGCGCGAGGGAGAUGGAAGGAGAUAUGUCGUGGGGAAGAGAGAGAAUAAGUAUUAAGGAAUUGGAUGGUGGGGUAUUCGUGAGGAAUGGUCGAAGAGGUGACAGCAUGACGCAGGUGUUUGAACUUGAUGGACAAUCGUACAUAUGA